GAGGAGUUCACUCUCCUUGGAUUGGACACUGUCCCUAAACUGAGUAUUGUCCUGUUCAUUCUCCUGCUCAUCAUCUACCUUCUUAUACUGCUUGGCAAUCUUCUCAUCAUGGUAACCGUGUAUUUUGAGUCCCGUCUUCAUUCAGCCAUGUAUUAUUUCCUCAGCAAGUUAUCUUUAGUAGACCUGUGCUACGCCUCUGUGACUGUCCCCAGGAUGCUGGCCAUCUUUCUAUCAAAUCAAACCAAGAUUACUCUCGGUGGAUGUAUUACCCAGCUCUUCUUCUUACACUUCUUUGCAGGAACAGAGUGCAUCCUACUUACCGUCAUGGCAUAUGACCGCUAUGUUGCCAUAUGCCUUCCACUUCGAUAUUCUAGUAUAAUGAAUAGUGCCAUGUGUUACUGGCUGGAAGCUUUGUGCUGGGCCAUAAGCUUUAUCCACUCCAUCAUCCAGAUAAUAUUAACCUGUCAGCUAAAGUUUUGCGGUCCAAACAGAAUCGACAAUUUCUUCUGUGACAUCCAUCCCUUGUCUGUAUUAUCCUGCUCCGAUAUCUUCAUCAUUGAGAUUGUAUUUGUGGCAAAUAGCGGUUCAAUAGCUGCAUUGUCUUUUAUUGUCUUGCUUAUCUCCUACAUGGGGAUUAUCCGCACCAUAGUGAAAACCAGAUCUGAUGAAGGGACAGGCAAGGCCUUUUCCACAUGCGUUUCCCAUCUCAUUGUUGUCACCCUCUUCUUCGGACCUAGUGUCUUCAUCUACUUGAGGCCCUCAGUGUCUUAUGGCGCUGAUAAAAUGGUGUCAAUAUUUUAUACAGUACUGACACCCUUAUUAAAUCCAAUUAUAUAUACUCUGAGGAACAAGGAGGUAAAAGCCGCCAUCAGGUCAUUUUUGGGGAAGAAACUGUUCCGUAGAGAUUGA